AGGCCGCGAAACGUAGGAGAAGUAUAUUUGCGCACUAUCAAAGUUGGUGUAGGUUAGGGAAAGCGAAAAGGGAGGCCUGACGGCGGGGAAUAUUGCUCGAAGGUGAUGGCUCCGGACAAGAAUAAUGAUUGCCAAAAAGAGCGAAUCGAAAAUCGAAAAACUUGCUUCACUUCAACUUGACUCCGUCCCUGAUUUACAAUGCGGAAUUCGCGACCUGGCGCGUAUAGAUGAAGUCCCAAGAGGUCCAGAAACUGUGCUGAUGACAGUUCAGGAAGACCGAGGAGUUUGCGCUAGAACAGAACGGGCGCAACCUCGGAUUGUCAUAGCAACGAUGUCUUGAACUCAAUGGGCUUCGUCACCUGCUCUCAAGAUGGGUACUCAUGUC